GCCAGAGCCCGCAGAGCACAGAGCAAGCCAGCACACAGGGAGGAAACCGAGGCAAGCGGCGGCUGCAGAGGAGGGACACGCACUUCUCGUUCCGUCUCGCGGCCGCGCUGCGAAGCUUCGAGAAGGUUCGAGGAGGCUGGCGGGCGAGGGGCCUGGCGCUGCGAGCGUCAUGGGGAGGGACGAGCUGCUGCGGCGGAGCCUCGUGGCGCUGGCGGCGGCCGUGGUGGUGACGGGGGUGGCCACGGCGUCGUUUCGGAAGGCGGCGGCCACGUACGGCUUCGGCAUCCUGGUCAUCGCCGGCGUGCUCCUCCCCGACUGGGAGUUCUUCGACCGCGACUUCUCCCAGUGGCUCACCCCCAUGCCCGCCUCCCGCCGCACGGCCGCGGCCGCCGCCGCAGAGCGUGAGCACGACGUCUGGAAGUUUAAGCCCUAUCCACUCAGGAUGGCCAUGCUGACGAUGAUCUACGGGUUUGGCCUUUACAAGUGGUGGAUGUACGUAUCUAGCUAGUGAAUCUUCCUCCGUCUCUCCCCCCUUUACUGAAGUUUUUUUUUUUUUUUUUUUUUUUUGGAAGAAGAAUGCUAUGGCAGUGCCUUCUCAGCCAUUCUUCAUUGUGAUCAGACAGUUAUAUUGCCUGGUGUUAUACGCUGCUGAUACGAAAAUCUUCUGAUGGGGAACACCCAACACAAGUUGAUGUAUGUAACUAGCGGAUUUUGUAAUGUGCAAACAUCAUCAUUCUUAGUUGGAAACAUGAAACUAGGUUCUAUUCUUUC